UACCGGUGUCCCGUUCCUGAAUCGAGUGUAAUUACAGGUGAGGCUUGGUAAGGUCCGGGCGUGUGAUAUUAUAAGGAAGACCAAGACCAGUGCUAGGGUGGGUGGCGGGUGAUGAUUGCUGGUGUCUUGUUCUUGUUGUACUUGCAUGGACGCUGGUCUGUGCACGCUGGUGUUGUUUUGUUGUUCAGGUGUUGCACUCUGACCGGGCGAUAAAUUUCUCCCCACCAGGAUGAGGGAGGCGGGUGGGGCGGCGUCACGCUGUAAUUAUCACACACUGACGUAAUUCUGGAAGCGAGUCAGUCAUAAAGGUCGUGCUUGCGUCAGGUUUGUGUCAGGAGGGAAGCACUCAUCGAGGUCCCUCUCCGCCCCCUCCACCCGCCAUCCAGCAGGACUCAGUGUGGAGCCUCGCACAUGCCCCAUCCUCCACGACCCAACUCCGUAGAAUUGCUCCCUCUUCCUGCAGCUGCCUCCUAAUAUGGCGGCGUGGUCUGGGUCGUCCGCGAGGCCCCGGGGCUCCCUGCAUGUCGGAAUGACGCACGCGGGCUGCCGGUGUAAUAUCUGGACGCAGACACAAAAAGGUCGGGCUGUUAUCGCGGCGUUAGGCCGGAUGCUUCACUGUUUACGGCGUAGAGUGAGGAGCGCUUCGGCUUCGGCGUCACGUUGUGGCACGUGAGUGGAAGUGCUCCAGUUCUGUACGAUAUACCUCUCCUCGUACGGCCCCUCGCAGCCCCACCCUACCCAGGUGUUCGUAUUAACGACGCCUGUAAUUAAUGCAUCAUGUGGGCUCAGGUGAAGGAGGCACCGGGCGGGAGCAGCGGUGGCGAGGGCUGGCGGAGAGCUCUAGCGUGGCGCCUUUCUAGCACGGGACUCCUAUAGAUAAGCCCCGCGCUGGCCUGCACCUCGCCGCUGUACACACCCACGGCAGCGGGGCGGCAGGACCGGUUUCCGGGGCCUGGUAGCGACGUUUUUUUAAAAAGAAUUUACGUAUCCAUCGGCGGACGCCAGAUGAGAUAUGAGAGGGUCGAGCGUGGCUGGGCGUAAGGCGCAUGCGCCGUGUCCCGCCCUCGCCACAGCGCGGCCACAGUCACCACCCCGACCCGCGAGGUUACAGCAAAUUACCUCAGUUCGUAUCUCGACGCGGUGGGGAGAGGCGCGGCGUCAGCUCUCUCCGGGCCGGAAUAUCCUUCGUUUUGUGUCUUGUUGUUUUUGUUUUAUACACCCAUAUACCAAAUGUUGAGUGGAGAACACGGGUCCCGCGCAUAGGGAUGUGUAGCUGUGGUGGUGUGCUGCUAGCGACGUGCCUUACUGGAGGAUACGAGUGUGAUAAAGCUUAGUUUGGGGAGUUGUGUUGAUAAGAGCUUGCGGGAGGUGGACAGGACACUCGACCUACAACACGGCAGACACAGCACUCCAUCUCGUCCAAGGCAGCCGCACAAGCAGCACCAGCAGCAACUCUCUUGAGGUAACAGUUCCACCUUUCAUAACAACAUCCUAUUGCGUCACAUUUCAAGAGCAACGAACGAACGCCUCCAUAUCUCCUGGAUUAGGUAAUGACCGUGACCCGCUGAGAAAUAGCCACCCCCUGCCCCCCUGCCUGGUAAGAGGAGCGCACCCGCCCCCCAAGUCGGUGCAUGUGUUGGUGCAGCUGUCUGCCUGCCGCCGACACCUGUACUUCGCCCCGCACACCUGUGUCAUGGCGACCUAGAGGGAAAGAGAAGACUUCAAGAUAAAUCCUAAUCCUAAUCCCCUCUCCCUCCCUCUCUUCUUUCCUUCCUUCUUUCCUACUUCCCAUCUUCCAUUUCCUCCUGUUCCUUUUCCUAUUCCGUUGACACUCACCCAAGACGCCGCCUCCCUCCGAUCACACCUCCCCUUCCUCCUCCUCCUCUUCCUCCUCCUCCUCUUCCUCCUCCUCCUCCUCCUCUUCCUCCUCCUCCUCCUUCUCGUCCGCAUCCUCCUCCUCCUCCUCCUUCCCCUCCCCCUCACACCUUGGCACGGCCCCCAGGUGUGUACGACUAAUUAAGGAAGGUCAAGGUGGAGGUGACCCUUGGCCGACCCCACGCCCCGUCCCGAUGACGAUGGAAAGUCCCCACCGCCCGCUGAAGGAGAGUCCACCGCCCUCCCCCGGUGACGAUAGCAAAGGGAGUGAUUUCGUGGACAGCACCAGCGCCCUCUCCAAUCCCCUGCUGGUGUCUAGUGCGGGCGGCCUCAUGGUGACUAACCCAGCCCUCUUCACCCAUACCAUGCUGAGCGCGGCCCCUACACUCCUUCUGGGCAACUCCCCCGUCCUCGGUGAAUGGAUGGGUCGCUUGAAGGAGCUGCAGGAGCGAGGGGGCUUGGCGGCUGCGGCGGCGGCAGCGGCGGCGGCGAGCAGCGGCAGUGACAUUGACAGCCGGGAGCUGGACAACUCUCACCAAUACACAUCACGCAACACGGGUCAGCCUGUGGCCAUGGACUUGUGUGUGGUGUGUGGUGACCGAGCCUCAGGCCGCCACUAUGGAGCCAUCAGCUGUGAAGGCUGCAAAGGCUUCUUCAAGAGGUCAAUUCGUAAACAGCUGGGAUACACAUGCCGAGGGAACAAGACUUGUGAGGUGACCAAGCACCACCGCAACAGGUGCCAGUACUGCCGCCUGCAGAAGUGUCUGGCGAUGGGCAUGCGCAGCGACUGUAAGAACGAUACUAAGGAUUUGUACAAAACAGUCCAAUCAGAGCGAAAACCAAAUAGCUUUUUGGGUGCUGGGGACCGGCAAGACAAGGAAGAAAGUCCACCCAUAACUGUCAAUCCAAUAUCUGGUUUUGAGUCCCCAACACUGGCAUCCAGCAAGACUCCAGUAGUGGGUAAGGACAUCCCCUCCCAGCCCCCAACCAGCCUAGCUGAACUGCACAUCCAAAUGGCAAAAGCCUUUGAAGGAGCUUUCAAUGUGGAAUCCAAAGAAGCAGAUUGGCAUGAAACAAGUAAUGGUGAUGCGCGGCAAGAGGACGAUUCUCCUGCAGCAAAUGGAGAUGGUGAUAAACACAUGAAUGAAAAGCAAGUAAAACGGGCAAUAGAAAAUAUGGCGAAAUUCAAUGGCUCAGAGAAUGGUGAUUGUGAGGACACUGAAAGUAACAGCACAUAUGAGCUGGAUGGCCCACUACUGGCUGACAGCUUAGUACCAUUCAAUUUAACUGCCCCGUCCCCAAUGCCUGCCUACCUCAAUGUACACUACAUCUGUGAGUCAGCAUCAAGAUUGCUGUUCCUUUCCAUUCAUUGGGCAAGAAAUAUCCCCUCCUUUCAGUGCCUCAGCCAAGAGUCACAAGUGGCACUGGUGCGAGGCUGCUGGUCUGAGCUGUUCACGCUAGGCAUGGCUCAGUGCAGCAGAAUCAUGUCCCUCAACACCAUCCUCACAGCUAUUGUAUCACAUCUCACUCAAGCUGCUGCCACUGAAAAACUCACACCCUCUAGGUUCAAGCAGGUUUCAGAGCACAUAAGUCGACUGCAGGAUUUUGUGUCAGCCAUGACUAAACUUCAGCCAGAUGAACAUGAAUAUGCAUAUUUAAAAACUAUAGUGCUCUUCCAAUAUGAAAAUGUUCUGAGUGGAAAGCGGAGCCAAAUAGAGAGACUGCAGGAGAGAGCAGCCCAGGAAUUGCGGCUUCAUGUGGAUGAUGCAUAUCCAGACACACCUGAAAGGUUUACCCGCCUCCUCCUUAAGCUACCUACCCUGAAAGCUCUCCAGCCACAGGUUAUGGAAGAGUUAUUCUUUGCUGGUCUAAUAGGAAAUGUACAGAUAGAUUCUGUAAUUCCCUAUAUUAUGAAGAUGGAAAUGUCUGAAUAGUCAAAUGAAAAUAAAUAUUGUAUGGAAUAGAUGGCCAAAGAAAAUAAUAUUCUCUUACAAUAUGAAAAUAAAAAACAUUAAAGAGCUCAAUCAUAUACAGGUAAGACAGUGGUGGUGUGCAAUGAACUCUGAGGCAUACUGCAGAUAAAAGACAUUACCCAAAGCAGCAUUGUGGACCCUUGGUGAGGGACGUAUAUGGUAAUGGCCUGAGUGGUGAUUGCUUACACAAAAACAAUACACACUCCCCGCAGAAAAACCCGUGACUAAUUGUGUUAAGGCAUUGUUGUUGAUGGACUCUUCUCCAUGGAAAGGUUAAGCUAUGAGGACAUUAACCCACACCCAAAAGAAUAUACAGUAGUUCUUUUACCAGUGACAGAUCUUAUUUUUGUGGGUUACAUGAUGAGUCUCCAAGCUUAACCAGUUUUCAUGUUUAUCUCCAGUGGAUCAGGGUAUUUUCAUAAGCAUUAUUUUAGGUAUAUUUGCAGUUGAUGUACAGUAUCUUUUUCAACACAUACAGCCUUUAACUGUAACUAAUAAUGGCUGUUUUUAUCAAUACAGAAAUGUGAUUAAAGGCCAGUUUUUGCCAUUGUUUCAGUGUUUACAGAAGGUACAGACCAGAUAGAUGAAUACCUUUGUUAAACAAGGCUGUGUGUCAAUGGAGCUUGUUUUUACUAGUAUGAGUGUAGAGAUAAGCUUUGUUGAGACUUGGUACAAGAGUUUGCAUUGUUGAUCUCACCACAGUAGUGCUGAUCAUAACAACUACGGGCUUCCUUGAACUAUGGCACGACCAGCAGCACACAAAGAUUGACGCUGGUGCAGAAAACUUACCCUAACUCCCUGGAUGUAAGUUGUGAUAUUAAGUCAACACAUGCUGGUCAGGUCAUCCUGUGUGGCCUGACAGGUGAUAAUUGUAACACAAACAUGAGGCACAAUACUAAAUACUGAAAGUUUAUGUCAGCAUUUCAAAUCAGUUUGGUCACUUUUAUCAUCAGUCAUAUCACAAAACUAGACAAUAGGGUCCAGAUAAUGAAAUCAAGAUUCUCCCUCAAGCAGAGUUAGUAGCAUAGUCUUCUAUUACUGAAAGCUGGGCAUGAACCCAUGGAAAGUCAACUGCUUUACAUACUUUUUCAGUUGUGUUGACAGUGUGGGUAUUCGGGCAUAUGUUGAAGCUGAUGGAUAAACCUUCUUCCUUCAAAAAUUUUGGGCUACAUACACAUUCAUCUAAACAGUUCAUUGAACUAUUUCACACUGUACUUUAUAUACUCCAACACACUAAGCCAGGCACACUUUUAGUAACAGGUUCCAGCAGUAAUUGAUUUAAAGGAAAAAAAAUUAUCAGUAAUUGGACAACAUCCAAAGGAGUAACACCUCAUUAUUAUAUUUUUACGUUACUGCAACUGCAAUUUUUUUUCUUUUUUAUUACUUUAUUUUUUUUUUCUUUUUGGUAAUAUAUUAAAAUAUAAUAAGGAUUUAUUAUAUUAUUGUAAUAUUCUGUAUAUAGGUUGGUGCUUCUAAUGGAUAUAAUUUCAUAUAACUAUCUUUAAAGUGGCUAGGAUUUUUAUUCAUUACUGUAAGAUUAUGUCAGUAUUAUUUUUGACAGUGGUGAAUUUAGUUUUAUGUAACAAAUUGAUUCAGUCUGUUCUUGUGGCUAAGGCAGUAAUACAUAGAACCUAUAUUCAGUUGUUGUCGAAGCUUUAUUUCCAUUAUUAUGAAGAUCUUUUGUUAAUCUUAAAUGGCAUGAAUGAUAUUUUUAUACUACCCAAAAUUUUAAACUUUUGAUACAUGAGGUAGUAACUUGGCAGAAUACAUGGCUAAAAUAUUAAUUUCUUAUAAAGGCACUAAAACAUUUAAACAAAUAAAGUUUUGACAUUAGUAACUUAACAGUGUUAGCAUGAACACUUUAUCUGGUAUGUGAACUAUGUACAGCAGUUAUGUCUGCUUCUGAACAAACACAACUAUCCCUGAUAAUUACUCUAGUCUGGCCUCAUCAGAUAUGUUUGGCAUUAUAAUGUUUUAGAUUACUUUUUUUUUCUUUUUUUUUCUUUUUUUUUUUAAGUGAGUCAUUCUGGGUGAAGUAUUGUAGGUUAUCUAAGACAGAGUUUGUUGUACACAGUGUUUUGAAUAGGAUGAACAGAGGUGGCCUGCCAUUGUUGUAUAUAUUUGUUAACUGGAAGUGGUGUUUCCACUUUAUUGUUUACUUAUGUUUUGUUCCAAAAUUGGGUGUUAAAUUAUUUUUGUUAACUUCAGUAAGUACAUGUACCAGAUUGUAUUAACAAAGACAUCACUUGGAAUUAUCCGUUUGAAUGCCAGUGUUAACACUUUUUCCUACUUUUGUAAUUCUUGAGCUUUACCUGACUUGUUUUAGGCUGUUUGUGAUAGGCCUAUCCAUUGUACUUUGAUUAAGCAUAUUUUGCUGCCUCACAGCUACACAUUAAUCCAGAAUCACAUGGGUAAGGCUGAAAUACCUUGGUGUUCAGUGGAACACUUCACCGGUGAAUGUUGUGCACAUUAAGGUAAAAAUGUGGUCAAUUGCAGGAGCAGCAAUUUUCUAAAGUCUUAUUUAUCAGUAUCUUGAUCAUUGUUUUGAAUUAUAUAUUUUGUAAACACAUUUUUGUAUUUAGGCAAUAACAACAUUGACAUCUAAACCCCUUAUACAGUUUAGAUGUUUUACAAUCAAAAAGGAAUCUAUUAGAUAUCAAAUACUAGAUUAAGUUUUAUAACGUAUGGGUGAAAGCAGUGAUCAGGAACUUUUACUGAUGGAUACAGGAUGGGAAGAUUUCAAAAACAACUUUGUAAGAAUUGCUGAGUCUGCCACAAGUUAACUAUUCCCUGUCCAACAACAUGGUGAGAGAACAUCCUGGCACUUAAAUCAUGCAAGGUUCUUCCGUUAUAUUGAGUGAAUUAUCAAAAGUUAGACUUUCAUAAUGGAAAUGCCUUACAAAAUACAAAUCACAUUUUUGUAUAUGAAAGAUUCCUCAUAUUUUUGUAUGAAAUUUUGAAAAUAUAAAAGUUUCAGCUGCUCAUCUACUAAUACACAUGGAGCUUCUAAGUUGUGGAUCCUUGUCUCGUGGAUGAGGUGAGUCUUCUCUGCCCCUCAUCCUCAACAGGUGAAUUUGAAAUGGACACAAAAAAAUAUGUAAUAAUAAAAUGCAACCUAUAUUUUAUAUAAUUGAAAUAGGCAUUAAGGCUAUGUAAAAUUAUGAGUAGUGAUAUACAUUUUUGUGUCACUUUCAAAUCUUAAAGCUAUUCUCAAAUUUUCAUGGGAACCACCCUUGUAUAUAUCAUUUAAGAACAACAAUCAUCAAUCCUUUGUCUAUUUCAUUACUUCUCUAUGAUGUAAUUAUGUAUUUCUUAACAUAAAACAGAAAAGAUAAAA